AUGGGUAACGAUGUGAAGUCCAGGUUGGACAAUGCCAACAGGACUGGAUCACUUCAGUUCAGUGGUCUAAAAUUAACAAAAGUAUGCCUGUUGUUGUAGAUCAUUACGUGCAGGUGCCUGACGAAGUUAGAAAGGUCCCUAAUUUACGCAUCGUGGAUCUCUCUUUGAACAAAAUUCGGACUGUUGAUGCUUGGAUCGGCCUGCUAAAACACGUAAAACUUCUUAAUCUGAGUGACAAUCGAUUGAGUACGUGCCCUCCCUUUUUAUUGUGAUACUAACGGACAUCACGUAUACUAAUUUCCCAAUAUCGCUAAAUAAUUGACGGGGCCACCGUAUGCAGACCAUCCGUAGCCUCCUUGAAUGUUCGUUUAACAAGAUAAAACAGUGUGGGGCGUUGUAUGUAUAUCUAAAAAUCUCAUACCGGUUACGGUCAGUGACAGCAAAGAAAACCACUAACAGGAGCUUGGUGUAUGUUUAAAUUGGAAAUAACAGUCAAGAAAUUCUUAUGAAGUGUGAGUUUCUAUUAUGUACAACAGUAUAGAAAAAGUGAAGGAAGAGGACACCCAGUUGGCAACAAACACAUUAGAAUCGCACGUAGCGUGUCGGAGGUAACGGACGCCCGACCCGCUGGCGUCAGGUGUUAUUUUAGCUGUUAAUCACAUCCUAUGCAUGGAAGUCACCUGCAAAUUCUGGGCUCCAUCUCUAAGGAAGAACAGUAUUCGAUCAGUGAAAUAGUCGCUAUUAAUCUGGGCCUUCGGACCUGUUCAGAAGGCAGCAAUCAGAAAAUGGACCAACACUAACAGACGUGGUCUUUCGCAGUUCCGUCAGAGCGAUUUUGGAUGGAUGCGGCACCGCUCCACUUGGUAACCUACGCACAGCGCGUAAUACGCGAGUUUUCGUCGGUUUAUUGGGUUUUUGUCAGAAAAUCAGGCCUCCAGUAGGAAUCGCCCUGUCCUGCUUUCGGCCCGCAUUUUCAUCUGCAUGCUCAUGAGAUUGAAUACGUGGCCAUCUGCAGGGUGUGGACACCAAACUGGGACAGCAGGUCGCUCCUCCGUACCGUACUGUUCAUGCGUUUUUCGUUGUUAAGUCUUAUGUGUCAAACAGCAGAGACAGUAGUGGUAUUAAAUACGAUAGACUACACCUCAUCCGCAUUCGGUUGGUCCAUCACCGGAACGACUUGCGCGCAGUAGCCUUCGAAUGAUUGUGGAUUGCUGCAAAGUGUGGUUCCAGUGAAUCUGCCAAACAUUUUUCCCCUGGUCAUUGCUCUUAUUCCCAGUGGAAAGCAGGGUAGGUCAAACUUGGAAUACCUUCUUUCCGAGUCAGGGUAGAUUUUUGUGAUAAGGGUCUCCAAUUUGGUUUGCGUCUUCUAAGUGGAAGGGAGCCAGCGGGUCCUUGCUCACUAUUACCUCCAUAAUGCGUUUAAAUUGGCCUUUGUUGACGUCGCUAUCAAGUGAACUGCAUAUUCUACCCUCCACUGUCGAUAUAGCGUGUCCAGCAAGAACUCAUGAGGUGCCGAACUCUCGUACUGUGUCAGAUUAAAUGCGGACUUCUUGUUUCGUUCAUCACGACGACUUUCGGCGUGUUCUGUCCACAAACUCGGGUUAAAUGGAUUCCAUGGGGGGUGGGAGUGGGGGGAGGUAAAUGACAGAAUAAUAUCUUAUGCAUUCGACCAACGCUUUAAAUCCAACCCAAUCUUUAGAGCACAUUUUGUUGCCUUUAUUUCAGCCUGCUGCGUCUCCUGUCGCCUUUACUGUAAAUUGGGGGUCUGGAGUAUGUGGCCAUUUCCGUCAACCUAAGUGUUUAUGCCUAUCUAGUAAUCAAGCUUAUUCAGCGCACUGUAAAAUACCCUCACUUUCCAGGUUAUUUGCCCGUCGAGGUGACCCAACUGACGAAGCUGGAAACACUAUUGGUGUCAAAGAACAUGUUAAAGACCCUGGCACCGCCGUCAUCGCUUGCUAACUUCUCUGCGCUUACCAACCUGCGCACCGUUGAUUUCUCCUGCAACUGCCUCACCGAUUUUCCCGUGGAGUUGUGUACCUCAUCCGUCCCCCUCGAUCAUCUCAACCUGUCGAACAACCAAAUUAGUGUCAUACCCACUUGCGUGGAAGCACUUCAGGUUGAACUCCUUUCUCUGAAUGGGCUAGUUAUUACCAUGUUGCUUAGUUAACCGCAUUUGGGGCUUCCGAACCCACGACAAUUGUCAUCAUCGUUAUUAUUAUUUUUAUUGUUAUUAUUAUUCACAGCGCUCAUACACAGACCUCCAGUGCUUGGUGAAUGGUACUCACCAAGUCUCCAAAUGAGCAGACGUUAUGAGGCGGGCUAACCUUUGGGAAUUUUUUAUAUGCUCUGUUUAUUCUCCUCUUAGCACAGAUGGUCCGCUUCGUACUAGUGCGAGCUUCUCUAUCCUUCACAACAUGUGCGCCUUCGUUUAUAAUAUUUUCUUGAAAUUUGUAUCAGUUGUUACUGGUGCUUUAGAGUAAGCAGUGUGGUUAACGACUAUACUCGUAGCAAUUGUAAAUUUACACACUAUCCACAAAAGCUGAAGAAUCUCAGUAUCUGGUGUCGUGUCCAUGUCCGGCUUAACCACAUCACCGUCAGGGAUGGGUUCGCCUCCGGUCGCAGACCACUCGAUUAAUACUUUAGGAGGACUCCCACUGGUUCUGGCUAAAUGAAUGUCAUUGUCUUCUUACGUACUGGUUUAUUUUCAUAUUUUUGACGACUUUCGAAACACUUUGAACUGCAACUAUGCUGGUACCAAGCCUAUGGUGAAGCUGUUCUUUGCAAUAAACGGCGCGCUCUCCGCAACCGUUUUCCCCAACUUUAUUGCCGCAAUUUAGACUGGCUGUAUGAUAACUUGUAAUAUCAAUCAGCGGACUCAUUUUCAUGAAUAAUCUGAUUUUGUUUUGUGUCUAUCGGUGAACAAAGACACCCUACGCACCGAACAUGGGAAAAUCCCUAAAGGUGUGUGUAAGCAGAAAUAAUAACUUAGGUGGGACCUCAGUGCUCAUAGCUCUCAAGACAGUUGGUAUGCCGGCUUUCCAUUAAGAGUGCUCUCAUCGCUGCUUAGUUCGCGCCUCCUCUCCCUGUAUCCUGAAUGCUUGUGUGGUCGGUUAUUGUUAAUGUUUUCAGCGCGUGAACCGCCGAGCCAAAUUUGAUUUCAAAUCAUUCUGCAUUUGCUGCUUACACAAAUCAGUGAUUUUAUUCUACAGGUUCAUUCAUUCUCAUACUUUUGUGCAUGCUCUAUCUAGAUAACUUUCAACCUAGGAGUACUAACAUGUUUUAUAGGCACAUAGGUCCUGACAAUUAAGUAAUAGCGUAUUUUAGGGUAACAGGCAAUGCCUUUGAUGACCCUAUUGAAAACGGUACAUAAAAUAUAAAUGUUAAAUGUACAUCUUACUAAAAUUUUGUCAGCAACAUAUUUGUUGCUUGUGUUAUUAGUAAGAGUUCCUUGGACUUGGUGGUGUAGCUGGUCAGUCCCUCAAUGCGAAAUUGCUUUGACCGCAAACUGGCUGUUGCGCUGGCGUUGCUCACACUUUAACGAACAGCGUGAAAGCUAUGCUGAGGAAUACCAGCACCGAUCAACUCAUCCUACCUGCCAGCCUCCAAUCUCGGUUGUGUUGGUUGAAAUCCUGGUUAUUUGUUGUGUGGACCGGGGAGUGUGGUGGAACGCCAAGGUGAGGAUCCGUCCGAGCCAUCCACCUGCGGCCUCCCUCGUCUCCGGUCUUCUUGACUCUGUCUUGACACCGGGCUCGGGCGAGGGAGGAGGAGAGAGUGUAGGUAGAUGCUACGGAAGUCUACCGGCACUAUAAACCCCUGCGUAAGUCACCGUCCCUGCUCCCAUUGCUGCUGCAGCUGUGGGGUCGCCCGGUGGACAUAAUCGAAAUCGAUGGUCGAACUGUCACAAGCAAAUUAACGGACAGGGACCCCUUCAGCUAAUCUAUGAGCCCUACGUUGAACAGAACUUCCCGACUUGUGCUGCUAGUGUACACUGCGUCUUCUCCUUUGGAACGUCAAGCGACUCAAAUACAGGGUAGAACCAGUUCUCUAUCCACUCAUAUCGACAAACAGGCUCGUCCACAAGGGACGGAUAUCUGACCGGAAAUUCAGCUUGGUCCUCAGGUCUGAAGAAUCAUCAGCGCCGACGAACGGACUGCCGUUUGGAAUUCUACAACGUCGUGCUGUGGCGACCACGAGCCGUCACUGCAUAGUCCUCUUCCACUCAGGACGUUGAUAUCGGUGAAAAAUAUUAUAAUGUCUAGAAAUCAUUAAACUGUGCUGCAACCGUGCCAGGAUCCAUUUCUUUGCAGUCACUGGCUUCACCUUGCCUCCUUCCUACCUUAUGCACUGUUUAGGCAAUUGAAUUGAACCUGAACGAAAAUAAAGUGGACACGAUUGCCGAGUCGAUCGCCCGUUGCCCGCGCCUCAAAGUCCUUCGACUGGCACACAAUGCAAUAACCCUUCAGGCCUUCCCAAUGAGCAUCCUCGAGAAUUCGACGGUCUCCCUCCUCGCCCUUGAAGGCAACCCCCUGCAGAUGAAAACGCUCCAGGAGCUCCCUGCAUAUGCUAAGGUAGACACUUGCCUCAUGCGCUUGGCUAGAAGAGAUUUUUGUUGAUGGUAGGUGGCGCUCACCGAUCGUUCUUGCGGAACUCACUCGUUCCGUUGUGUCUUACGGGCUCUCACUUGAGCCCAACCAGCAGCCACACAGCGGCGCAUGAUAUAGGUAGUAUGUUAUUACUUACAAAGACAAGUCCCGUAAGAACGAUCGGUUAGCGCCCCCUGCCAUUGUAUAUUCCCUAUAGAGAACCGACAGGGCAACGGGCUCGUGGCCCACUGGUUAGAGGCGUUGAACUCAUAACUAACAGGUCGCGAGUUCAAGCUUCGGGUGUUCCACACUUCGAGGCUGGGUAUGACUGGCUGACGACAACUAGUAAGCCAUAAAUGGCCAUUCCAAUCUCCCUUGUCUUUGUCGGUAAUAACAAACUUCAGCUGUGUAUUGUCCAUAAAAAUAGUGAUGGCGUCCUUCCAGAAAAUGCCGAAAAUGCUUCACGGCCAAGUAGGUGGUGAGCAGUUAAAGGCCAACGGUACUAUAUAGUGUUUCAGUCGCUGAGAGUUUCUUGGAGAAUAAAACCGAUGGUCGGGUCGGACCGGUAAGGUGUUGCUGAAGAACCGCGCCAAACAGCUGCUGUAGAUAUAGGCAAAGAUGGCCAUUCCAAUCUCCCUUGUCUUUGUUGGUAAUAACGUUCUUGUUGAUUUUAUUCACCCUAGCAACGCUGAUAAAUAGGCUUGCACUGGUGUAGUUUUACUGGCGAAGGGAAAGCUGGCUGCCAUCUGCAGCAUCGAAAGUUGGCACUUACUGACAUUUUUGUCAUCAGAAUCCCCGAGGUAUUUUGCAAAUGGAUAUAGUUUUCUCAUUUGUCGGUGGUAGACACUCCAAGGUGAAGUGUCGUAGAAAACCACGGUCACAGGGACGACAACGCUUGCUUGACAUUAUGGUUAUAGGUCACGCGGUUGUGCAGUGGGCGGGGUUUCGGGCCAGAAAAACAAACAGUGGCGGACCAUGUAGCAGGAGUUCCUUGUGGCAUAGAUGGACACCCAUCUUGAUGACCACCACGUUCAGUCAAAUGUCCAAACGGCUAAAAGUGCUCCACUUGGGCCUCGAGUAAGGCUUUACCAGUCCCGUCCGUCGCCUUCGCUUAAUUUUCUCAAAUGCAUGACUUCCAGCGCCCCACCUGAAAAUGCUUAUCGUAGUCACUACUUCGCCCUGCCGAGACUUAGAAAGCUCUCUUGAAUGAGUCCCAUCCCAACCUCGGUCUGGCUGAUGUCCAGGUCUUCAGACGCUCGUAGCCUUGGGCAUAAUUCUUGUUUGAACUGCAUUCUCCUCCGUUGGGGGCAAGGCUUUUAUUUUUUUAACUUAAAAACAUUCAGUGAUCGUCUCGAGUAAAGUUUUUGAGGCGGAGCCUCUUUCACAAGAUGAAAAGUCGCCUGAUUCAAUUUCCGACUAGGUCUUACGAAAAUCCACUUAAUUAUCCAUACAACUCAUACCUAUUGUUCCGAUGUUUAUCUAUAUCAAAAUCCCCAAGAAUUAUUUUCUCGGAGAACCUUGUCUCGUCAGAAAGUGCGCGGCAGAUAUAUACGGUCGGAAUUUCGUUUUUAGUACAUGGAACGCUACACAGCAACUAAGCGGAAGGCCGUGCUCUAA